CCUGCCUGCCCGCCUGGCAGGUCUGGCAGGUGAGUGACUCACAAGCCUGGGCCUUCUGCACGCCUGGCGCAGGGAGCUAGUGUACCUGACCCCUGGGCUCCUGCCUGCCCUGCCAGCUGCUGUGACCGACGGGACCUUUUCCUGGCAGCAGGGCCCGACCCUACCACCUGCGUGCGCCUUUCCCAAAGGGCCAGAUUUGGACUGCACAGAAUCCAGGCGAGCGGCUGGGACGGUGCUGGUCUGAGCUGGACUUUGUCUGAUGGCUUCCUCCAACCCUCCGCCACAGGCUGCCAUAGAAGAUCAGCUGGUUCCCGGAGGCCCCGGCCCCUCCCCCGAGGCGGAGGACGACCCUGGAGAGGCUUUUGAGUUUGACGACAGUGAUGAUGACGAGGACACCAGCGCCGGUCUGGGUGUCCCAGGCCUUGCCCCAGAGAAGGACAUCGAGGAUGCCCCACUGAUCCACUUGGACUCCGCCCCCACCACUGACCCAGACCCAGCAGCCUCACCACCCCAGACAGAGGUGCCACCAGUGGUGAGCAACGGGGAUGCUGCUUUCUCCGGGGUCCGGCGCUCCAGCUGGAAGCGGAAGAGCUCCCGCCGGACAGUCGACCGGUUCACUUUCCCCGCCCUGGAAGAGGAUGUGAUUUACGACGACGUGCCCUGCGAGACCCUGGAUGCCCAUCAGCCCGGGGUGGAGAGGAACCUGCUCUAUGAGGAUGUGCACCGGGACGGAGGGCCCAGGGAGGCGGAGGACCUAGGCUGGAGCUCCAGUGAGUUUGAGAGCUACAGUGAGGACUCGGGGGAGGAGACCAAGCCAGAGGCAGAGCCUACCAAGCACCGAGUGUCCUUCCAGCCCAAGCUUUCUCCAGACCUGACUAGGCUAAAGGAGAGAUGCGCCAGGACUAAGAAAGACAUCUUGGCUUUAAGAGCUGGGGGGAGAGACAUGCAGGCGCUGAAGCACAAGUACGAUUGUAAGAUGACCCAGCUCAUGAAGGCUGCCAAGAGCGGGACCAAGGAUGGGCUGGAGAAGACGAGGAUCGCCGUCAUGCGCAAAGUAUCCUUUCUGCACAGGAAAGACGUGCUCGGUGACUCGGAGGAGGAGGACAUGGGGCUCCUGGAGGUCAGCGUCACGGACAUCAAGCCCCCGGCCCCGGAGCUGGGCCCCAUGCCAGACGGCCUGAGCCCUCAGCAGGUGGUCCGGAGGCACAUCCUCGGCUCCAUCGUGCAGAGCGAAGGCAGCUACGUGGAGUCUCUGAAGCGGGUGCUCCAGGAUUACCGCAACCCCCUGAUGGAGAUGGAGCCCAAGGUGCUGAGCGCCCGCAAGUGCCAGGUGGUCUUCUUCCGCGUGAAGGAGAUCCUGCACUGCCACUCCAUGUUCCAGAUAGCCCUGUCGUCCCGCGUGGCUGAGUGGGACUCCACCGAGAAGAUUGGGGACCUCUUUGUAGCUUCAUUCUCCAAGUCCAUGGUGCUAGAUGUGUAUAGCGACUACGUGAACAACUUCACCAACGCCAUGUCCAUCAUCAAGAAGGCCUGUCUCACCAAGCCCGCCUUCCUCGAGUUCCUCAAGCGGCGGCAGGUGUGCAGCCCGGACCGCGUCACGCUCUACGGGCUCAUGGUGAAGCCCAUCCAGAGGUUCCCACAGUUCAUCCUCCUGCUUCAGGACAUGCUGAAGAACACGCCCAGGGGCCACCCCGACAGGCUCUCCCUGCAGCUCGCCCUCACCGAGCUGGAGACGCUGGCCGAGAAGCUCAAUGAGCAGAAGCGGCUGGCCGACCAGGUGGCCGAGAUCCAGCAGCUGACCAAGAGCGUCAGCGACCGCAGCAGCCUCAACAAGCUGUUGACCUCGGGUCAGCGGCAGCUGCUCCUGUGUGAGACGCUGACCGAGACCGUGUACGGUGACCGCGGGCAGCUGAUCAAGUCCAAGGAGCGCAGGGUCUUCUUGCUCAACGACAUGCUGGUCUGCGCCAACAUCAAUUUCAAGCCUGCCAACCACAGGGGCCAGCUGGAGAUCAGCAGCCUGGUGCCCCUGGGGCCCAAGUACGUGGUGAAGUGGAACACGGCGCUGCCCCAGGUGCAGGUGGUGGAGGUGGGCCAGGACGGCGGCUCGUACGACAAGGACAACGUGCUCAUCCAGCACGCUGGCGCCAAGAAGGCCUCUGCCGUGGGCCAGGCCCAGAAUAAGGUGUAUUUCGGGCCCCCGCGCCUCUUCCAGGAGCUGCAGGACCUGCAGAAGGACCUGGCUGUGGUAGAGCAGAUCACCUUCCUCAUCAGCACGCUGCACGGCACCUACCAGAACCUGAACAUGACCGUGGCUCAGGACUGGUGCCUGGCCCUGCAGAGGCUAAUGCGGGUGAAGGAGGAGGAGAUCCACUCGGCCAACAAGUGUCGUCUCAGGCUCCUGCUUCCCGGAAAACCUGACAAGUCCGGCCGCCCCAUCAGCUUCAUGGUGGUCUUCAUCACCCCCAACCCGCUGAGCAAGAUCUCCUGGGUCAACAGGUUGCACUUGGCCAAGAUCGGACUCCGGGAGGAGAACCAGCCGGGCUGGCUGUGUCCGGAUGAGGACAAGAAGAGCAAAGCCCCGUUCUGGUGCCCCAUCCUGGCCUGCUGCAUCCCCGCCUUCUCCUCCCGAGGCCUCAGCCUGCAGCUUGGGGCCCUGGUCCACAGUCCUGUCAGCUGUCCCCUGCUGGGCUUCUCAGCGGUCAGCACGUCCCUCCCACAGGGCUACCUCUGGGUCGGAGGUGGGCAGGAAGGUGCAGGGGGCCAGGUGGAGAUCUUCUCCUUGAACCGGCCCUCACCCCGCACGGUCAAGUCCUUCCCGUUGGCGGCCCCUGUGCUCUGCAUGGAGUACAUUCCCGAGCCGGAGGAGGGGGAGAGUGGAGACGAGAGCCACGUGGCCACUGAGCCCUCGGCCACAGUGCAUCCGACCAUCUGCCUCGGACUCCAGGAUGGCAGCAUCCUGGUUUAUGGCAGUGUGGACACAGGUACCCAGUGCCUAGCGACCUGUAGAAGCCCGGGCCUGCAGCCUGUGCUCUGCCUGCGGCACAGCCCCUUUCACCUAUUUGCCGGCCUGCAGGAUGGGACCCUCGCCGCCUACCCUCGGACCAGUGGAGGCGUCCCCUGGGACCUGGAGAGUCCUCCCGUGUGCCUGACUGUGGGGCCGGGACCCAUCCGCACCCUUCUGAGCCUGGAGGAUGCCGUGUGGGCCAGCUGUGGGCCUCGUGUCACCGUGCUGGAUGCCACCAGCUUACAGACUCAGCAAAGCUUCGAGGCGCACCAGGACGAGGCGGUGAGUGUGACACACAUGGUGAAGGCAGGCAGUGGUGUCUGGAUGGCCUUCUCCUCUGGCUCCUCCAUCCGCCUCUUCCACACCGAGACACUGGAGCAUCUACAGGAGAUCAACAUUGCCACCAGGACCACCUUCCUCUUGCCAGGCCAGAAGCACUUGUGCGUCACCAGCCUCCUGAUCUGCCAGGGUCUGCUCUGGGUGGGCACCGACCAGGGCGUCAUCGUCCUCCUGCCUGUACCUCGGCUAGAAGGCAUCCCCAAGAUCACAGGGAAAGGCAUGGUGUCGCUCAACGGUCACUGCGGGCCUGUGGCCUUCCUGGCCGUGGCCACCAGCAUCCUGGCCCCCGACAUCCUGCGGAGCGACCAGGAGGAGGCCGAGGGGCCGCGGGCCGAGGAGGACAAGCCGGACGGGCAGGCCCACGAGCCAGCGCCCGCGCCCGCCAGCCACGUGGGCCGAGAGCUGACCCGCAAGAAGGGCAUCCUCCUGCAGUACCGCCUGCGCUCCACCGCGCACCUCCCGGGCCCGCUGCUGUCCGUGCGGGAGCCCGCGCCCGCCGACGGCUCGGCCCUGGAGCACAGCGAGGAGGACGGCUCCAUCUACGAGAUGGCCGACGACCCCGACGUGUGGGUGCGCAGCCGGCCCUGCACCCGGGACGCCCACCGCAAGGAGAUCUGCUCCGUGGCCAUCAUCUCCGGGGGGCAGGGCUACCGCAACUUUGGCAGCGCCCCGGGGGGCAGCGGGAGGCCGGCCCCGUGCGGGGAGACGGACAGCGCCCUCCUCAUCUGGCAGGUGCCCUUGACGCUAUAGCCCCCGCCCGGGCGCCCAGCCGCAGGCCUGGUGGCAGGGAUGCGCGGCUCUCGGCCCGCUGUGGGCCCCUCCCGCCGGCCGGGGACCCCCUGGAGCGCUGGGGAGACUGGCCUUCCAGGGACCUCGACGAUGGGCCUGGGUCUCCUGGAACUACCUUGGCAGCACAGAGGAGAACUUCUUCCUUUUUAUUUAAAAAAAAAAAAAAAAUAUAUAUAUAUAUGUAUAUAUAUAUAUAUAUAUAUACAUAUAUAUAUAUAUUUCAGAGUGCUUGGGGGAGGAGUUUGGGUUUGGGGAGAGGAUACCUCUGGAGGAAAUGGCCUUCUUUUUAAAAGCAAAAAAACCCACAAACACAAAACCUCACGACUGCCUGGCAAGCCCACCCGAGCGGGGCUCCGAGGCGGCCACGCGCCUCUCCUGGAAGGGCGUGUGCGCGUGAGUGUCUGAGAGCGUGCGUGCGGGCUGGUGUGUGAAUAUGUAUAAAUACGUACAUAUGGUGUAUAUUAUGUGUAUAAAUGAAGUCUGUACAUAUUGGAGCUCUGGGAGAUGCUGGAAUAAAAGGCAAGAAUAACGUGAGUACCUGGGUUGACUUCUGUUUGCUGAGAGGUGACGGGGAAGAGAGAGCCGCUGUCACGAGAUAGGGCUGUCCCGGAACCAGCAGCCGCGGCCCCAGGAGAGCCCGCCACCCCGCACAGGCCCCGCAACGAGCUGUGUGGGGCACUCGCAGAUCGGUGGCCACGUGCAGUUUCUACUUUUGUAAUUAAUUCACAUGAAAUAAAGUCACAAAUUCA